AUGGCUUUCCUAAAUUUCUCCGCGUGCCUGCGUUUCGCAGCAUUCAUUUUCGCCCUCUACAUAUGCAUCACAGGAUUGUUCUCAAACUUUGUAGACCUUCCGAACCAUCCAGCUAAGCAUAAAGACAGUGCGACGGCGAAAAAUAUCGUUUUAAUUGUUAUUGAUGCGCUACGCUCGGACAUGAUCUCAUCGCCUAAGUACUCCGAUAAUUGGCCGAUGCUGAAGCAGAUUAUGCAGCAGGGAAUUGUCGAGUGUUCUACAGCGACUUUGUCAAGUCCUACCGUCACCGCACCACGAAUUAAGGCUAUAUCUACGGGCCGACUGUCGGAAUUCCUUGACGCCAUCUAUAACACUGAAUCAUUGGCGGUGGUACACGACUCCUGGGUUCGACGUCUCGCUGAAAAUCGCAAGCGUUUGGAGAUCUAUGGAGACGACACCUGGUUAAAACUAUUUCCCAAAAGCUUUACUCGCGCCGAUGGCACAUCCUCCUUCUUUGUGAAUGACUUCUACGAGGUAAGUACUGCUCCUGUCGAUCCCCUUUGCGUGUUUUUUUGGGAGAAAAACACAGGAAAAGGCAUUACCGAAAAAAGGGAGACUGGAAUGGCUAUUUCUGGCUUAUUACUUUCCAUCAGCCAAUCAUAUUCCAUUCCACGUGGCGCACCACCCGAGACUUGA